AUGGUCAGUCGUCAGCUACAGCUGAAGCAGUCGGCCAGCGACCCCGAGCACAACCGCGAGCUCCGCAGGAUCGUGUCGCGCGGCACCGAGCCGCUGUCGCCGCGCGCCGCCGCCGAGCCCAAGCGCCACUCGCAGCCAGGUACCUCCGGCAUCAUCCCUAUCCUCAACAAAUCCUCCCACAAACUCCUCAAGAGCCGGUCGAAUAUAUUCAAGCGAAACACUCCUAGUACCUCUCACAUUCCCGUCACCAAGUCGAAAGGGAUCCUGAGCACAGGGGACCUCAGCAAAAAGAGCAGUCAGAACCUCUCUCGAGCCAGGCACAAAAGCGAAGAGAGGAUAGACGACUCCCCAAAGAAACUGAAAAGCAUCUCGAAAUUGUUCGGGAGGUCUAAAACGGACUUAAAGAGUAGGGACAGUAAAGAGGAAUUUCGGGAGGAGAAAAAAAGGGUGACGCUGUCGCAGCCGAACCUGAGGAUCGGCUCGGAUGAUUCUUUCAUGCCCAGUUCGGAUUCGAAGGCACUGCUGCUGGGGAAGAUGAAGCCAUGCGAGUGUCCCCCUUCGAGCCAGGGGACGGUCAGUGAAUUCUUUGGGCGGUGGGACAGCCUGCUGGUGGUCCUAGUGUGUGUGAUGGUGAUCCUGCUCAGCAUGACGGCGCCGCUCUCCCUCUACUUCUCCCGAAGAAGGAGUAGCUAGGUGAGACGUUCCUAUUCGCAAUUAUGUAGACAUUCUAUUUAUUUGAUAGCUAAGUGUACAUAGUGUUUAUUUAUUACAACGCGUUUUUGUUGACUUUUCGUUUUAUUUUUUUCGUAU